CACAGCUCUGCUCCCCAGCUCGCUGCAUGGAAGCUUGUCACUCUCCACAGCAAUCCAAUGUCACUUCAUACGGGGCCACCACUGUGGCCAUCGUCACCCUGGAGGCGUUUGCUGGCAUGUGGAUAAACGCUUUCAUCGUUUGUGUGCUUUGCCUUGCCUGGGUCAAAAAGAAAACCCUCAACUCUAAUGAGAAGAUCUUGCUGCUGCUGGGAUGCUCCAGGUUUUGCUUUUUGUGCAUCUCAUGGGUAAAUGAAUUCCUUUUCAUAAUUCAUCCCAAUUACCUUUAUGUUCCCCCCAUAUUUCAAUUAAUUUCAUCUAUUUCAACCUUUUUUAACUAUUCCAACUUGUUGGUUUCAGCCUGUCUUUGUGGGUUUUAUUGUAUAAAAAUUGCCAAUUUCAGGAACAGGUUCUUCAUCUACCUGAAAGUAAAAAUUGACAGGAUGGUGCCCUGGCUCUUGUUGGGGUCAGAGAUUUUAGCCUUGGCUCUCAGCAUCAUUAUCUAUGACCUCACUGAAACUCUGCCGAAUAACAACAGCAAUUUCACCUGCCUCAGCAAUUUUUGGGAACCAAGUAUUAGACUGGAUAAAAGAUUUUUCUUUUCAUUUUUUCUCACUGGAUUUGGAUAUGCUGCUUCAUUCAUGGCAGUCAUCUUCUCUGCUGUUUUCCUUCUCUUUUCCCUCUGGACACACAAACGCAAGAUGCAGACAAACUCCAUGAAGGACCUCAGCAUGGAUGCCCACAUCAGAGCCAUGAAAUCUGUUCUCUCCUUCUUAGUGAUGUACAGCAUCAACUUUGUAUGUUUGAUCUCGACAAUAAUUUAUAACAUGGAGGAUGAAAAUACUAUGAGACUUCUUAUAUCCAUAUAUCUGUGUGCUUUUCCAGGAGUUCAUUCCCUUAUUCUGAUUUUCAGCAAUCCCAAGCUGGAAAAGGCACUGCUAAAGAUUCUCUCCUGUGUCAAGUGUGACUUUUCUGUGAAGUAG